GCCAAAGUGAGAGAUUCGUCUGUAUAUGUAAGAAGAAGCCAAUUGCAUAAUGUUGCUCUGCAAAUAUGAAAAACAUUGCUACUCCCCAUUGCAUUAAGAUUGGAAAUGGCCGGUGAGCGGUGAUAUGCUCGGUGCAACCCUACUCCCUUUUGUCCUCUUCAACCAGGCCCCACAAUACUCCUUCCCACUGUAUUUAUUUAACUCUCUCUCUCUCUCUCUCCUUCCAAUCUAAUUUUGAAGCCUACAUACAUCCCUAUAAAUCCUAAAAAGCUCCAUACUUGUGUUGUGGAUUCCACUUCCAGUGAGUUACUGCAAGACUCAACUAGCUUUGUGCAGUUUAUUGGAUUAUAACAUGGUAUCAGAGCUAGGGUUUUUCGAUUCAAUGCCAGACAGGAAGCCAGAAGAGAAGAUUGGAUUAUCUUAUGGCCAAAAUCCCUGGGUUUGGAGCGCAAAGCAAAGAAACAAAGAAGAUGACUCAUGGGAGGUGAGAGCAUUUGCGCAGGAUACAAGCGGCCCGACAUGGCCUCCGCGCUCUUAUACAUGCGCCUUUUGCAGGAGAGAGUUCCGCUCGGCUCAGGCCUUAGGGGGCCACAUGAAUGUGCACCGAAGGGACCGAGCGAGGCUCCUCCACCCUUCCCCAAACCCUUACCCCAACGCUAAUUCUCUUCUCGUCACAACAACCCAGGAUUUUCCUAGAGGACUCUGCUUCCUUUAUCCCAUCCAAAACCCUAACCCUAAUUCUUCACCACCCAUGUUCAGCCCCAAUACCGACCCUACCAUAAAUUCUAUGCCGACUCUUCUCUCGAUCUCUCCCCAUCCUUCCGACACUACGCACUCAUUUCCUUCUCCUUCCUCCGCUCAAUACUUCCCAAUAUCUGCUUCAGCUCUAAGCCACUUGCACAACUUGGAGCACGCUUUCAUGGUGGAGGCCGAGGCUCCCAUUAUGGAGCAAGAAGAAGAGCUAGAUCUCGAGCUUCGGCUUGGGGUGAGGGCGGCAAAGUGA